AUGGAUAUAAACGAACAAGGUUUUCUUCUUCCUGCUCCAUUACGAAUAUUUGAUUGUUCGGCUAAUGAAGUUAUUUCAUUUAAAUUAAUUCAGUCGGAAAAAGAUUUGAAUAAUGAAGAGAAUGAAUUUGCACCGGAAUUUACGCAUCAAAUUUUUGGAGAAAACGAAAGAAUAUUUGGAUAUAAAAAUUUAAACAUUGAUAUUUAUUGUUUAUCAUCAUCAUUGAAUUUUUAUUUAAAUAUUGAUUAUGAUGAAAAAAUAAAUCCAAAAAAAUAUCAACAAUUUAAGGCUGAUGAUUUAGUUGAAUCAUUAAAUCAAUGGAUACCAUUAACAACAACAACAAAUUUAGAUUUAUUUUUAUCUAAAUUAAAAAAUGAACAUGAAUAUAUACCAUUCGGUGAACAAAUAUUAACAUAUCAAUUAAAAGAAGAAAAAUCUUUCUCAUAUUUAAUAAAUCGUGUUAAUCAAAAUUUUUGUGAUGAUAAAAAAUUUCUUGAAUGGUAUUCACGUCUUGAAACAUUUCUUGUUUUUUUUAUUGAUGCUGCAUCAAAAAUUGAUAAAGAUGAUUCGAAUUGGAUUAUUUAUCUUCUUUAUCAACAAUAUCAAAAUGAUAAUGGUCAAAUAUGUUAUGCACCUAUUGGAUUUAUUACUGUUUAUCUUUAUUAUUCUUAUCCAGAUAAAAAAAGACCAAGAAUUAGUCAAGUAUUAAUUCUACCACCAUAUCAACGAAAAGGUCAUGGACGACGUCUUUUAACAACAAUUUAUAAUGAUUUACGAAAAGAUUCUCGUGUUCAAGAUAUAACAGCUGAAGAUCCAUCGGAUGAAUUCAUUGCAUUACGUGAUCUUGUUUCAUUUGAAUUAUGUCAUAAAUAUUUACCUGAUGUAUUUUCAAAAGAAUCAAUUCUUAAAACAAAUCGAUUAACAAAAGAAAUGAUUUAUAAAGCAAGAGAUAUUUGUAAAUUAACUAAACAAGAAACACGACGUGUUUUUGAAAUAUGUUUUCUUCAAUCUAUUAAUAAAAAUGAUGAAGAACAAAUGAAACGUUUUCGUUUAAUUGUUAAACGACGUCUUUUUGAACCAUUACAAUUUGAUAAACGUCGUCGUCUUCAAUUAUCGGAUCCAGCACUUGAAGCAUUGGCAACAGAUCCAGAAAAACGAAAAAAAUAUUUGUCUACUCAAUAUGAAUAUGUUCUUGAACAUUAUGAAAAUAUUCUUCGAGCAUUUAACAAAUAUCAAGAUAAAUUAUAUAAAUAA